AUGUCCAGCAAGAUCGUUGUCAGUGCUGCCGAUGACGAUUACUCAUACGAAGAUCCGCCAACUGCCGCAAAUAACCCAAAGGCCAAACCUAAUAAAUAUUUGAUUCUAGUUUUAUCCCUACUGCUUGCUCUGUUAGUAGUUGGGAUAAUCGUUAUCAUCACCCUGUACGUCGUCGCAAACAACGUUGGAUACGCAUACGCUCUGAUGAUAGAUGCCGGAUCAACAUCUUCAAAAAUAUCCAUAUUAAAGUGGUUGGAUUACCCUUUUCGUAAAAAUGGUUGGGUCGAACAAGUGAACUACAAAGUAGAAGAACCAGGCAUUUCAGCAUAUAGCGACAGUCCGCCAGAGGCAGGCGAGAAACUGCUUCCUGUUUUGAGAAAUAUGUUACUGGAAAAUGUUCCCGAAGAGAAACGCGAAUCAACAUCGCUUUACUUGGCAGCCACUGCGGGGAUGCGUUUACUUGAUAUCAAUGAGCCUCUGAAAUCGGACGCCAUCCUACAGAACUUGCGCCAGCAAUUGCCAAGCGCCGGCGCGACUGUUCACAAUGUUUUCUCGGAUAUUCGCAUAAUAACUGGAAAUACAGAGGGUCGUUAUGGUUGGGUCGCUGCAAACUAUCUGGAUAAAAAACUGGGAGACCCCGAGGGUAUGCCUCCGAAGCCGGCAAACGAAAUGGUUGGUAUGCUUGAUCUCGGGGGUGCCAGUACUCAAAUCGCUUUCGUGCCUGCGGGAACCGGUCCAGCACAACAUACAAUGCCAAUCAACAUGUUUGGCCAGAGCUAUAAUUUAUAUAGCUACAGCUUCCUCUGUUAUGGAAAAGAGGCAAAUAACCGCAGAUAUCUUGCACAACUCAUAUCGAAAGCCAACACAUCUACUUCGAACAUGCCUUCAAAAUUAAAAAUAGUUGGUGAGGGCAAUACAAGUAAAUGCAAUGCGGAAGUCAGCCGGCUCUUUCCCAAGAAAGAAUGCACCCAGGGAACCUGUUCCUUCAAUAAUGUCUAUCAACCGGCUGUGCGUGGCAAAUUCUUUGCCUUUUCAGGCUUCGUUUUUGUCAUUGACUUCCUGAAGUUCCCAACUGGCGGGAAGAAUCUUACCAGGUCACAAGUAAGAGCUGCUGUGGAUGCAUUCUGUCACAAGAACUGGAGUGAGGUGAAUGCGACAACUAAGCCAAGCACACUCAAGUAUGUUGCCAGUUACUGCUUUGAUGGACAUUAUAUUGAAAACCUUUUGGAUGGCUAUGGCUUCAAAGAGGACGGCAGUUGGCGAAAUAUCGAAUUUGCAAGAAAGGUAAUUAAUUCAUUUAAAGACUUUAGUACUUUUCAAAGAAGGACUGAAUAA